AUGAUUUUGACAUGGAGCACGAACACAACAGUAAAAAAAAAGAAAAACAACACCGAUGAUGAGAGUGAAGAACACAAAGAUGAGGAAGAAGCAAAGGAUGGCGAUGAGGGUGAACAGAAGAUCGAGGACGAAGCAGAGAAGCCUGAGGCUGAGAGUGAUGAGGAGGAUGAACAGGACGAUGAACAAAAACAGAAGCAGGAGCCUGAGAGUGAUGAGGAGGAUGAACAAAAGGGCUCAGAAGAAGCAGAGAAGGAGGAGGUUGAGAGUGAUGAGGAAGAUCAAAAGGUUGAGGAAGAAGAAAAGGAUGGCGAUGAGGGUGAACAGAAGAUCGAGGAAGAAGCAGAGAAGCCUGAGGCUGAGAGCGAUGAGGAGGAUGAACAAAAGGGCGAGGAAGAAGCAAAGAAGGAGGAGGCUGAGAGUGAUGAGGAGGAUGAACAAGAGGGCGAGGAAGAAGCAGAGAAGGAGGAGGCUGAGAGCGAUGAGGAGGAUGAACAAAAGGGUGAGGAAGAAACAAAGAAGGAGGAGGCUGAGAGUGAUGAGGAGGAUGAACAAAAGGGUGAGGAAGAAGCAAAGGAGGCUGAAAGCGAUGAGGAGAAGAAUGACUCCACCAGCGAUGAGGAGGCACCAGAAAAGGAGGCUGAGAGCAGCGAUGAAGAGAUGAAGGAAGGUGAGAGUGAUGAGGAGGAAGCACAGGAGGAAUCUGAGAGAGGUGAGGGAACAAAGGAGGUGGAGAAGGAGGAGGAUGAGAGUGAGGAUGAAAGCGACCAGGAAUCAAAGAAGGAGGAGGAUCAGAAAUAUAACAGAGAAAAGACUCGCGAAGCCAAGGAGGAGGAGGCGCAGGAGGAGGAUGAGUCCGGGGAUGAAAUGAUGGCCUACCUCGAUGCACUGUUUGCUGUAGAUUUGACGGAGGAGGAUUCGGAUGAUGAUGUCAGCGUCAGCUCGAUGCACUUGAGCGAUGCAGAGAGUGAUGGCAAAAGUGGCAAGAGCACUAAAGUUGACUCUGACAGUUCCGGCAGCUCAGACAGCUCAAGCAGUGGCAACAGCAGCAGCAACAGCGAUUCAAAGACAAAGAAUGGAAAGGCAGAGGCAUGUGUUGAGGAGCAGAAGGAAAGCAAGGCUAAGACGCCACCAACCGGAAGCGUUGGCCCUCGUGAUCUUCCUGUGCCCACAACCCGCCGCCGCACGAAAAGUUUCAGAACGCCGCAAAAGAAGAACCCACCGCCCGCUGCACCAAAGAAUGUUCCCAACAAGGAGCCUGACACAUCAAGUACGCUGGUUGAAGUUGUCCAUGCCAAGGACUGGAAAGUCGAGACCAGGAAGCGACUGAGUGGGAAGCUGGUUGGAGGGACAUACAAGGUGUACAUUGAAAAUAGCACUGGGGCCAAGGCAUACAGCUUGAAAGCGGCUGAAGGGAAGGGUUUCAUAGCACCAAAAGGCUUUGUUAAGGAUGCUCGGAAGAACCGUCCAAAGAAAGCUAAGAAGCCUAGCAAGAAGUAGGGGUUUUACUGAUCUAAAAAGGAUCUCGGGGUGCGCUGCUCCUGUAGCUGUUGAGGG